AUGGAGCGGCUUUCUCCGAACCUGUGUCGGAUGCGGGUGAUUAGUGAUGCCCAGUUGCUAAAAUAUCCCCAGUGGGUGGCAAGUUCAGGCUUCCUGAGAGCUUCUACCACACCCCAUCGACCGCUGUACGCUGAGAGCAGGGCACGAGUUCGCAGGUAUACCACUGACCCUGUGCCGCGAGGAAACGAAGAGCGUGUUGUCAUUCUAGGCUCAGGAUGGGGAGGAUGGACAGUUUCCCGGAAGCUAUCUCCGAAGUUCAACCGCACCAUCAUUUCCCCCCGUUCGUACUUCGUCUUUACGCCCCUCCUCACCGAUGCCGCGGUUGGAUCCCUAAAUUUCUCCGAGAUUGUCGAACCCGUCCGUGAUCGAAAAAACACUAUCAAUUUCAUCCAAGCGGCUGCUCGAAGCGUAGAUUUCCAUCGCAAAGUUAUAACAUGCGAAGCUUCUGUUGUUCGGAGCGGUGUAACGGAAUCAGCUCGUGUAGAACAAAACCAGCCUGAAAAGCAGCGGAGGGCGUGGGAGCAAGGCCAACUCUUCGAAGUUCCAUAUGAUAAGCUGAUUAUCGCGGUUGGUUGCGCCGCUCGAACCUUCAAUACACCGGGUGUAAGGGAUAAUGCGCUGUUUUUCAGAGAUGUCGGCGACGCGAGGAAGGUCAAACGGCGCAUCCGCGAAUGUUUCGAGCUAGCAGCGAUGCCGAGAGUCACUCCUCAAAUGAGACGGUAUCUUCUGCAUUUUGCUAUUGUCGGCGCAGGCCCUACCGGAACAGAGCUUUCUGCAAGCCUGCGCGAUUUUAUUCACAGAGAUAUGUUCAAAGUCUACCCGCAGCUGAAGGGCGAUGUCCGGAUAACUUUAUAUGACGUAGCUCCUACUGUCCUCAGCAUGUUCGAUAAAUCUCUAUCUAGCUAUGCUAUGGAGACGCUGAAAAGAGAGGGUGUGACGAUAAAGACAAACCACCAUAUCGAAGAAUUGCGCUGGGGCGAACCCAACGCCGAAGGCCCCUACGAGAUGGACCCCAAAAGCUGCUUGACGCUCAAGAUGAAAGAAAACGGCGAGGAAGGGGUGGGUAUGUGUGUGUGGGCGACAGGGAACGAAAUUGGGCCGUUCGUCAACAGAGCGCUCAACACAAUCGAUCAAUUUCCAGUAUCGUCUGCAGUGGCAAAGGAAACAGGGAGCCGCGUCACCCAACCCGGCAAUACAACCUGGAAAGUGAAGAAGGCCCCUAAAGUUGGCGCAAUUCUCGUAGACGACCAUCUACGAGUACAAUUGGAGUCGGCAGAAGGCCAAAUCGCAGUCUUACAAGAUGUCUUCGCUGUUGGAGAUAACUGUAUGUUAGAGUCCGGCUCUCCCCCAGCAACUGCUCAAGCGACUAGCCAAGAAGCCAUCUGGCUGUCCAAAGCGCUCAACCGGGGUAAUAUAGACCAGUCGCCGGGUUUCUCAUUCAAGAAUCUCGGAGUCCUUGCACACAUCGGCAGUUCUAAGGCUUUGAUGCAGCUGCCUCAUGAAGGCGGUAGUGGGCAGGACAGCGAUGGGUUUUUCCGCUGUAUAAAAGGUUACCCCGCCUGGUUGAUUUGGAAAGGAGCAUACCUGUCCAUGAGUAUGAGUUGGAGAAACCGAUUGAAAAUACUAUUCUCGUGGUUCUCGAAUUGGGCGUUUGGGAGGGACGUGUCCAGAUAUUAA